CCUGAAUUAGCAGCGUUAUCGUGCCAUGAGAUAAAGUUAAGUGAGGGUAAAGACACAAUCAGUAAAAAGUACUGGUUGGAUCCUACUGGCAUUGGGAAACCAGCGUUGGUUUACUGUGAUAUGAAAAUGGAAGAUAUUGAUGAAUGCAAAAGUGACAAACCGGUCUGUGACGUGAAUGCAAAUUGCAUCAACACCUAUGGCUCAUAUAAUUGCUCCUGCAAAGAAGGAUAUACUUGGGAUGGACGAUCAUGUUUAGCCGAUGCAUGUUUCCACUACAAAAAUCUGAGUGACGCUACAAGAAAGAGCACAUACAACACAAGCCAUGACGUCUAUGAUGACGACAAACUCCCUAUGGGCUGGUACCGUUUUAUGGGAGCCGCAGGAACAAAAAUGCCAACAAAGUGUGUUCCGGAAUUCAGAUGUGGCACAUAUUGGUCGGGCUGGCUUAAAGGUAACCUUCCUACAGUGGAAGAUGGUGAAGUAACUAGGACGGUAUGCUUUAGAAGAGGCUCCUGUUGCAGGUAUACAGUGAAAAUUUCUGUGAAAAGCUGUGGAUCCUAUUAUAUAUACAAACUCUUUGCGACACCAUAUAGUAAUAUGCGCUAUUGUGGUUCAGACUGAAUGUCGACUAACUUCGCGUUGUGAGAGAAUUUUUAGAUCGGGCUUUAGUCCAUUAACAUGUACGUCUGUGAAUAUAUUUAGUCCUCUUUUUUUCUCGUAGUAAUUAUUAUUGUCAUACUCAGCAACAUUAUAAAAUAGGUUGUGGUUUUUCAUUGUGGUUAAUAAUGCUUUCAAAGGAGAGGUAUUAUCGUUUGUCUCACAGUGUGGUCACUUCGGAUGUGGAUCGAGACGUGCCGAAUGCAUACUGCUAGUCUUCUUAAGACGAUGAGGGCGGGGUCUGUUGUUCGAGGUUGUGAUUGGAUGGAAUUUCACGACUAUGAUUGGCGCAUCUUCGAAAGGUUCCCUCAGCUGUCCGCUGCCACACGGCUCCUCUGUUGUUGUGUCUGUUGAUCUUCAGCAUUCAGGCUUCUUAGAUUUCUGCCUCACUGUCCCUGUUGAUGUUAUUAAGGUGAAGUCUUAUGCGAAUUGUCUCUUUCACCUUGCGCGUAUAGAAAUGGGGAUUUCGAUCAAAAAACUUUAUUUCGUUCAAGAGCGGGCGGUGACUAGUGUUGUGGGCGAGCUCUGAAAAGGCGAAGUUCUGCGUCCUGGUGAGUCGGAUGUUCCUGUCGUGCUCCCUGAUCCUCUCUUGCAUAGAUCUUCCAUUCUUAUCGAUGUAGGCUUUGCCGAAUCCACGGGGAAUCCUGUGGACUACGUCAACCUGUUUUGCUUGGUCAUCAGCAUCGUUCGGUCGUACUAGGUAUGACCGUAGAGUCGUCUC